GUGUGGUACAUCCACACUGAGUAACACAACCAUUUCAUUUUUGGUCUCUCAGUCUCUGUUUCUCUCUCAGCCAUGGCUUCCUCAGCACGGCCCGAAAACUCAGCCGCCGGUGGCCAAAACCCUAAGAAAACGUUGGGGUUUAUAGCCAACGCCGUGAAACGCAAAGAUAGCUUCAUUCAGUUCUUCGCCAUGACGGGAAUUUUGCUUCUCAGUGUCAGGUCCCUUGGCCAGAAGUACCGCAUCCACGAUCUUCAAGAAGACACCUACGCUCUCAAACAAGAGCAAGAAACCCUAGCCGACCGGAUGAAGAACAUCAAGCAGGCGCUUCUCCAAGAGGCCUCUCGGGAGCCCACCGGUCUUUUCGCUUCCAGGCUUCGCCGUCUCUUUGGUGAAAAUUAAUCACUUUUUUUUUUUCCCCCUAUUUAGUUGGUUUCAAAAUUUUGAUCUAAGUAAGUUAUGAGAAAUCUGUAUGAUUUAAUUUCUGGUUAUGAAUGAAGGAUUUAUAGUUUUUAGAACAAGCAGGACUUAUAGCAUUUGGAGGCAUGUGUUCUGUGUUUGUUUAAAAUUGUUUUUUUGGUUAUUUUAGCUUGAUUAAUAAAAACCACAAAGAUUAGAAAAUGCA